AUGACAUUUCUGAUGAAGAGGAUAGUGCAAAUACAAGUACAUACAUGUUCCGACUAUCUUCCGCCUUCGGCGUCCUCCGGUCAAUCUUUAAAACCAAGUGGCGGACUAACUCCAAAGAAAAUAUUUAAAUCUCCAAAAAAGAAAAUCAAAAGACGUCAGCCAGAUGAAAUCGAUAUAAGGCUAUUGCAGAUUGAAGAGGAGAAGUUAAAGUGCUUUCAAGAAAGUGCAAACGAUCCUGAUGCCCAGUUGAUGAGCCUUCUACCAUUUUUAAAGGAUAUCCCUAAACAUCGUAAAUUAAUGGUACGAGCAAAAUUACAGCAAGUUCUUAUAGAUGAACAAAAUGCUAUAUCAUCUGCGGUACUGUUUGAUAGUUCUAGUGAUUCGACUCAGUACAGUGUUGAUUUUAUGUGCGUACUCGAUUCGUACGACCACGAUCGUACGUAUACUGUACGAUACGAAUUCGUGUCCAAAGUGCGCGCGGCCUUAGGAUCAUGCUUUGAUCAUAAUUCAUUGAUUCACUACGAUGAAACUUUUCCACCUGUCAGUUUGCUGUCCGGAGAACAAGCUAAUUCUAAUAUUUUACUCCCUACAGCACAAGUUAAGCUACUGACCAAGGACAAAAAGGUAAUAUUAGCAAAGGCGAUUUUAGACUCAGGUUCUCAAGCAUCACUGGCUACCGAUAGUUUAAUAAAACGGUUAGGGCUGGCCCCAACACCCAAUAGCACAAAUAUAAUUAGUGUUGGCAAUUCGCAGAACUGUGCCAAAUAUUGUAUUCCUUUGCAGAUACAAUCAACAAUUUCCUCCUAUAAGAGGACAAUUAACUUCCAUGUUGUUCAGCAAAUAACUUGCAAAUUGCCACAAAAUGAAAUUGAUAUUUCUAAAAUAAAAAUAUUUGAAGGCAUAGUGUUGGCUGACAAGGACUAUCAUGUCCCAUCCAAUAUUGAUCUACUAAUUGGUGCUGAUGUGUUUUUUCAGAUUCUGCUGCCGUCUCAGCCGGAGGUAGAGUUGCAGUCAAAUAAUUUAGUCAACACCAAAACUGGGAUUUGUCAUAGGCGGCACAAUUUGGCAACAACAGGUACCUGA